GGAUUACGCGAGUAUAAAACCGGCGAGCGGACAGACACAUGCCUUCUGUGUUGCAAUAACAGUAUAUAUUUAUUUUUAUUUUAUUUUACUUUCAUUUUCUGUCGAGUAUCUGUGAGUACCGAUCGAUACUACCCAGUCCGACAAUACAUGCUCUCCAUCGCUGUGUCACCUGUUUCAAAUUAUCGAUUUAAAAAGAAUCCGACGAAUUAAAUCUUUACUUAUCGACUUUUAACUGUGAUUUAAAUCAAACAAAAUGCGGUUUUUGAGUGGUUUCCAAUCGCGAGUAUGAUAAGUGGUAAUUUAAGGCGGUUCGCGUCUUGACAAAUUGUGAGUGGCCGUUGACUGCAGUGUGGAACACCAGGUAAACGGUCAACGUUUUUUAAAGAAUCCAUUGGACUGCAAUUGAGACUACAAAAAUCAAUUAAUUUCAGAAUACGAAUGAAAGAUGGCGUCGACUUUGGUAAAUAUGGCCAUCGACCGUUAUUUCAGCAUCGUAGACUCAAUAAGCGAUCCCAGAGUGAAAGAGUGGCCAUUAAUGGAUAGUCCAAUUCCUACAUUUCUAAUGGUCAUCACAUAUUUGUAUAUUGUCACUUAUUUAGGACCUAAAGUAAUGGCAAACCGAAAACCAUUCAAAUUAAACAAUGUUUUAGUUCUUUAUAACGCCGGUCAAGUGAUAUUCAGUCUUGGCAUGCUGUGGGAGCACUUGAUGAGUGGUUGGUUUAUGGACUAUAGUUAUCAGUGUCAACCAGUUGAUUAUUCAUACAACCCCACAGCAUUAAGAAUGGCUAAUUUGUGUUGGUGGUAUUAUAUAUCGAAGCUCACAGAAUUCAUUGACACGGUAUUUUUCGUACUGAGAAAAAAGGAUAAUCAAAUAAGCUUUCUUCAUUUGUACCAUCAUUCACUAACUCCUCUUGAGACAUGGUUUUGCGUCAAAUUUCUUGCCGGUGGACACGGCACUUUUUCUAAUUUAAUAAAUAACAUGGUUCACGUAAUAAUGUAUUUCUAUUAUAUGAUGUCCGCAAUGGGCCCUCAAUAUCAAAAGUAUUUAUGGUGGAAAAAACAUUUGACAACAAUUCAAUUGCUACAAUUUACUCUGGUGUUCUUCCAUUCGGCCCAAGUACUGAUAUAUGACUGUGGAUAUCCCAAACUAGUAGCUACUUUUCUGUUAGCACAUUCAGUUAUUUUCUUUGUUUUAUUCUUUGACUUCUAUCAACAAGCUUACAAAAAAGAUAAACAAAUAAAAGCCAAAGAGCAAUAAUAUAUUUUUCAAACGUCUACCAAUAAAAUGGAGAUAAAUUAUGACCAAAUCAAGUAUUAAUGAUAUAAGACAUAAAUUAUACAUGUCCAUUUAUAAAUAUAUAUAUAUUUAAAUAUGUAAUUCAUAAAUUAUAAACUACUGGAUAGUCAUGAAAUAGUCCUUUACAAAAAGUCAUGACUCUCUAGUUUAAAUACAUAUUAAUAAAUUUAUGUAUUUUAUGUUUGUAAAUUUUACCUAUUUAAGUUGUUCCAAAAUGUAUAUAUACAUUUUAUAAAUCUUAUUCUAUAGAAUAAGAAAUAAUUAUACAUUAAAUCCCAAAAGCUACGCGUGGCAAUUACUUUCUUUCAUCAAUAUACUGUGGUAUGAUAUUUAUGAUCAACGAAUGUUAAAUGCCAAGAUGUUUUAUGCAACAAAAUUACUUAUCUAAUUAAUAUUCAAUUAAAAUGACAGAAAAACUCUAUUAACUGUAGUUGAACUGAAUAGCUAUUCAAUAAAUUGUCAAUUUUAUGUUUAAUUUUCAAUAUGGAAUAAUUGACUUUUAUAUAUUUUGAUUAAUGUUUUACAUUUUAUCUGUAAAGGUCUAUACAUUAAACAAAUUGCAUAGAACGACUUAUCUAAAAGGCUUUAUUUUGAACUGUGUACUUUUACAUAUAAUAAUAAAACAAUUAUUUGUGUAACAUAUUAAUAUUACCUAUGUGUAUGACUACUAUAUGCUCAUUUAAUUAGAUUUUAAGUUGUACAUAAAAAUAUUGUAAACUACACAUUGUCAUGUAUUUUGUUCAUUCAUAUAUUUAAACACGUACAAAUAGAUAUUAAUGACAUUAAACAUAUGAUGUAAUGAGACUUUAAAGAUAAUUUCAUUGGCAAUAUUAUAUUUUAUUUA